AUGGCCUACUAUUUUGUCAGAGGGAGUAGGCCUCAAGAUCUUCAGUUAUUUUGGGUCAAGAAAAGUGACAAAAUGACUUUACUGGUUUCACAGGGUACAUGGAAUGGACAGAGUCAUCUGGUAUAAGACAGGUACGAAACUGGUUUGCGUGGUACCUUUAAAAAAAAAGUCCAGUAUCCUCUCGGUUAGUGAAACUAGUCUAGGAAUACUAAGCUGCGCGACCACACGCAGUCUAGGAUACAAUGGACACAAAGAAGUCCCCUUUAGUUCAUGAACAGUGAAGUUACCAGUGAUCUGUAACCACUGCGUGCUCCCCAUUGUUUGCAGAAUCACCUCUAAAAACUAUCUGGAUGAUCUACGAUGGCACCAUUAUUGCAUCUCGUUUUCUGGAGAAAGGGGCGUUUUCUCGCAAUACCAAGACGGUAUCAAGACGAAGACCGAAACAGGUGUUGCUCUUGGAUAUGACGGCGGAGGGACUCUUAAGUUAGGUAAAAGAACCGGUCAUGAAUUCAAGUUCACUGGCUUUAAUCUGUGGGAUAGGGUUCUUCCUCCAGAAGAAAUCAAACAAAUGGCGAAUUCCUUCACGAAGGGAACUGGAACUGUCAAGAACUGGUUUGAUUUCGCAGACGCUCCCAAAUCCAUCAGCUCUAUGGAAGUGCUUUCCCCAUCCCAGUGCAUUGCUCCGCCUCAGUCUGAGAAGGCAGAAUCCCCGACCUCACCACCGGCAAGAGAUAAUACCAAGGAGUCAUUGUCCAUAGACACCAUGUCUAGAAACCUCGAUUGA